AGCCAGAAAGAGUUCUGAUUACUGAGGGGCAGGAGCAUCCUGAACCACCACAAUCUAUUGCUGAAGCGGAAAAGAGAAAAGCCCCAAUUCUUGAAGUGGUAUUGUCCAUGGAUGAGACACAAGAACCUAUCAUGGAGGAAGCACCAGAACCUAUUGCAGGGGAAGCACCUGAGCCUAUCGCGGAGAUAGCAGCAGAACCGGACAUGAGCAAGGCUCCAGAAAUUGUCACGGAGGAGAUACCAGAACCUACCCGCCCAGCAUUUCAACCUGUUUCAUCUUUGGAAGGUCUUGGCUCUAUACUCACUCAGCAACAUCAGAGAGGAGUUGUAUUUCCACGUGGUUUGGUCAGAUCGGCAGAAGGCAUCGUGAUCCCUGAAGAAUUUGUGCCCCAACAAGUACCGUCUCAGGAAAUGGUGCCUCCAAAAGUGGAACCUCCAAUAAUAGAAGAGCAGCCUGCCCCAACAACUGUUUCUUCUGUGGACUUCUCCCAGGAGAUGCCUGUUGUGUAUCAAGAUCCCUUUGAAGUUUCACUUAGGUACAUGGAGAGGCAUAAUAUUCUGCAGAUAUUUCAGGAGAUCACUGAAAAUCUGGUGUAUGAGAAGCCUGAGAAGCCAUUAGAAUUCAUGUUGAGACAGGUUCAGAAUAUGAUAAUGAAGCAGGCGUCUCAGAGACAUAAAGAAGACGACGGGCCAGUGUAAAAGAUGAAGACCCGAAAGCUCAAUGAGCUGCUCUUGGACGCUGCCCUAGGUGGAACAAGUUCCAGUGCUGCCCUCCCACAUGCUCUGUCUAUGCAAAUUCUAUAGAUUUGAAUGCUGUCGGUGGUAGCUGAUUUCUUCCAGCGUGGGUGCUGUGCUGGGUGGGUGUUCUAGGACGAUAGGAAGUACAUAGUUGCACCGGUUCGCAGAAUGUCACAUGCCUUUUAGGAAGCCACCAAGGUACUCGCCAUCCAGUACUAAGACAGUAAUCCUACAAGCCCUUUACACGCACUGACUGUCAUAGUAAGAGCUGAUCUACAUAUCCUGCAGAAUCAGAUCAUGCUGUCUUUGCGGGAUUGGCCCAUCUCAGAUUGCAAGGAGGGGGACACACACAUUUUGAAUGUGUUCCCAUGGGGGGAGGAAACCCUUUCUGCGCAUAAAAAGUUAAGGUUUGAGGAGGAAUUGCGCUUUGGUAGUCUUUGCCCUGUGAGACCAGUUCCAUAUGUACAAAUACAAUUAUUCCCCACCAUACAGGAGCUUUCAGGUACAUGAUCCAUCACUUGCAGACCAAAGUAGUACACUCUGGGGGAAAUGGUAUCACAUGAUGCAGCUGCAUGUGUAAAUCAACUGGAAUAUUUGUGAAUAAAUAGUCUCAGGGUCAGUAUGCAAGUCUCCCAGCAGUCAAGCAACGUGGUUUCCUCACAUUUAGAUAAAAGUAAUUAAUUUUUUGGGGGGGGGUCGGGGACUAUUUAGUAAUGAUGGUGAUGAGACUAUAUUUAACUGAUUUGUGAAUUGUAAUAACUUGGGGUGAAGCAUUAAUAAUUUUAAACCAGGCUUAACUAAAUAUGAAUUAAUGUCUAGGUGUUAGAAUGUAUCUAGAAUUCUGCUU